UCAAGCUCUGCCACUGUCUGCCCGCUGCUCUCUGCCCGCUGCCACCUCAUCCCCCCCCUAUCCCGUCUUAAUCCUUCUUUCAGCGAUUUGCUUUAGUCUCUUCAUUGCUGAUUCUUAUCAUUCACCUCACACCUCGACCACCAUGGAGCCUUACGACGACGGACUCAUUGAGGAGCAGGAGGAGCAGGAGGAGGAGCGCACCGAGGAGAAGAUCAUCAAUGAAGAGUACAAGACAUGGAAGAAGAAUGCGCCCUUUCUCUAUGACAUGAUCCUCAGUACGGCGCUAGAAUGGCCGACGCUCACAACACAAUGGCUGCCUGACAAGCAAGAUGUCCCCGAUAAGCCCUACUCUACCCAUCGCCUACUUAUUGGCACCCACACCUCGAGCGAUGCGCAAAACUACCUGCAGAUCGCUCACGUACAACUCCCCAACCCGACCUCCCCCAACUCAGAAGACUACGAUGACGAGCGCGGGGAGAUUGGCGGCUACGGCGGCAGCUCGAAGAAGGCGCCGAUGGAGAUCAAGUUCAACAUCGUGCAGAAGAUCGACCAUAAGGGCGAAGUCAACAAGGCGCGAUACCAACCACAGAACCCCAACAUCAUUGCUACCAUGUGCACGGAUGGCCGGGUCAUGAUCUGGGACCGCUCAAAGCACCCGAGCUUGCCCACGGGCACCGUCAACCCCCAGAUGGAGCUCCUCGGCCACACGCGAGAAGGAUUUGGUCUCAGCUGGAGCCCCCACGCCGCCGGCCACCUCGUUACUGGUAGCGAGGACAAAACAGUCCGUCUCUGGGACUUGACGACGUACACCAAGGGCAACAAGGCGCUCAAGCCCGUCCGCACGUACACGCACCACACGUCCAUCGUGAACGAUGUCCAAUACCACCCUCUCCACUCGUCCCUCAUCGGAACCGUGUCCGACGAUAUCACCCUCCAGAUUCUCGACAUCCGCGAGGCCGAAACCACGCGUGCGGCUGCGUCGGCGGAGGGCCAGCACCGCGAUGCGAUCAACUCGGUCGCCUUCAACCCCGCCGCGGAGACCGUCCUGGCCACGGGAUCGGCCGACAAGUCGAUCGGUCUGUGGGAUCUGCGUAACCUGAAGACGAAGCUGCACGCGCUCGAGUGCCACACCGACUCGGUCACCUCGAUCUCCUGGCACCCGUUCGAGGAGGCCGUCCUGGCCAGUGCCAGCUACGACCGCAAGAUCAUGUUCUGGGACCUGAGCCGGACUGGCGAGGAGCAGACACCCGAGGAUGCCCAGGAUGGACCGCCGGAACUUCUCUUCAUGCAUGGCGGCCACACGAACCGCAUUUCGGACUUCAGCUGGAACCUGAACGACCCGUGGGCGCUCUGCUCGGCGGCGGAAGACAACCUGCUGCAGGUGUGGAAGGUGGCGGAUGCGAUUGUCGGCAAGGAUCUGGAGGACGUGCCGACCGAGGAGUUGGAGCCAUGAGUGGAGGGGUUUGCGAGUGCCUUACUGAUUGAUACCUAUUGCGAGUGACAUCCUUUUGUACCCAUUUACCCGCACUGCAAAAAGGCGAAUCGAGGAGAAUACAGGAAUACAUUCACUGGGACAUUUCUGCGAGGGCAAUCUAC